GUAAAAAGUGUAUAUAAUAAUGUUAAUGUUGCAUGUGAAUAACUCUAUGGAAAUGGAAAGUUACAUAAAAAAAUGUUCUUGUGUUUGUUUAGAUAACUGAGGUGCCCACUUCUGAAAAGAAUCCAUCAGAUAAUUCCUGCCCCAUAUGCCAGAAACACUAUCCAGCAGAAGAUCUUGAACUACAUGCCAGUGUCUGUGGGGACUGGGAGAGGAACAUGGACAGUCCUGUGCCUUUUCUGGAUGGCAGUCCUACUGAAUUGAAGGAACCACAAAAUACAUUUUUAAGUGAGGAGGAUGUCCUGCGAUGGCUGGCAACUCAGGUUGACCCCAGCAAAGAGUUCGCCAUCUGUGUGUCUAGAAUGAAUCUACUGGAACGUGGUCUGAUGCUGUGGCAGCGCCAGAAGUACAGCUCGCCAGUCAACCCCUUGAAGGUGACAUUCAUAGGAGAACCUGGGGUUGACAGUGGUGCUUUGCGGAAAGAAUUUCUGACAGAGAUGAUUGCCGGCAUAGAAAUGCGUCUGUUUGAGGGAGAGGAUGGCAAGGGAAAAAUGCCCAAGUACUCUCUAAAUGACCUGGACAAUGGCCUCUUUCGAGUUGCUGGGGAAAUAUUUGCAGUAAGCCUCGCACAGGGUGGCCCAGCACCAAAGUUUUUACAAGAAUGGUGCUACAAUUUCCUUUUGACUGGAAACCUAGAAAAUGUUUCCAGAGACCAUAUACAUGACCUGGAGCUCUCAUCACUCAUCAAGAUGGUUGAAGAAACAUCAGACUUGUCAUCAUGCACAGAACAAAUUCUCAACUGUGGCUACACUGGACCUAUAAACGAGGGCAGCAGAGACAGUAUAACAAGAGCAAUUCUCCUGCACUCGGCUGUAAGACGAACAACCAUGCUUAGGCAACUUCGGGAAGGACUACAACUCUAUGGCUUUAUUGGGGUGAUGGAAAGGAACAGAGAGCUUUGCCGUGGCUUCUUUGUAGCUGGUGAUGAUGAUAAGGUGGACUCUAACUACAUUGUGUCGAAUUUGGCCCCAACUAUGAGCGAAAGCGGUUCACAGAAGCAUGCAAGAGAGACACAAAUUCUAAAUAACUUUCAGGAUUUCCUGCAAGAGCUUGAGGAUGGAACAACUGAAGAUGAUGCUGCUGAUGCGCUUUCUGUCCCACGUGUGCUGCAGUGGUUAACUGGACAGUCACACAGGCAUCUACUACUUUCAGAAAGAGAAAACUUCAAGAUCAAAGUCCACUUUGACCACACUUGUAUGGAACGGAUACCAAACCACACCAUUUGUUUUCCACUUGUUAGUGCAUGUGUAUGGAGAGGAAUUAGUGCCAAAUUGAAAAGCAAACACUAGGGUGGAAAAAUGUAAAAACAAUCAACAAAAUGCAUUGCUUUUCCUCACUAAUAUGCAGAAUAAGUGCCAAAAUGAAAUGCAAAACUACUUUUACAUUACAUUUCAUUGCACUUGAUCUCUUUAUUGAAAAACAAUACGCACUUAUUUGCAUUUUCAAAACCAAACGCUGAAUUAGUGCCAGAAUUUAAUGAAAUACACCUUGAAAUGUAAUCAAGGCACAGCGGUAUUACUUUUCACCAUAAGGUACUUUAAACAUGAACUCCUCCUUUAAAUGUAAUACUUACGAGAUUGCUUUUAAACACUGAUGUGAUGAAAACAUGCCACAAUGAAAAUCAAUAGCUCCAGUGUGUGUGGAUUUGUAUUUAAAGAAAGAAACGCAGAAUUAGUGUCACAAGCCACCUUAAAAUGCAAUCUAACGAACGGCAUUGUAUUCCACUGUGUGGCGCUGCGAAUGUGCAAAAGCAAAUCACAAUGCAUAGGAUUGCAUUCCGUCUAGGCAAGCGCUGUAAUCGUGCCACAUGUAAAUUUAAUAACUGUCCAAUAGGAGUGCUCCCUCAAAUUUGGGGCGGGGCUUAGACAUCAGUCAGAAGCAAUCGCUCGUAGUUGUACUUGAAAGCUGAAUAAAUGUCUUUUCGUGACAGGAUAAAAGAGCAAAUAAACACUUUAAUUGAACAAAUUGAGGCUGGGUCAGUUACAGACGACUAUGUGAUUUUCAAACUGGAGUGGAUUUUAGAGAACACAGGCCAUGUUCUCACACUUCGCGGCGAAGACUUUCCAGAAACCUUCAAAAAUGCACUGAGGAACAUUCUGGAACAACUCUGUGCUCCAGCAGUCCAACCGAGAGCAGGAGGACCUCAGAAAAUACCUGUCCCACUCAGCGGUAUAAUUCGCUAUCUCAGCCUUGGAUUAUCAGUACCAGCUGUUGCAAAAAUAUUCGGCGUAUCAGUUCGAACCCUUCGAAGGCGAAUGGAGGAAAAUGACAUGCGGUA